ACUAAUUUUUUUUCAAGGGCAAAAAAAUAUUGCACUUUAGUUAUGCUUUCUCAAGCAUAUUUAAAAAAUCAAGCACCUAAUAAUAAUGUUCCUUCACCUCUAAGAUUUCCUCAAAAAUUAUGGAAAAUAGCAAAUGAGUGUCAAAGUGGUGCAGUUACCUGGAGUCCACAUGGAAAAUCUAUUUUAUUGCGUUACUCUUUGUUUAAAGAAGAAUUUAUGAGUAUUAAAAACGAUUUUUUCAAAACUGAUAAUAUUUCUAGCUUUGUCAGGCAACUGAAUUUAUAUGGAUUUCGGAAAGUUUAUGACUAUACGCAUAAACAUACUUAUAAAAUUAAUCCAGACUUGCACGAAUUCUCUAAUGUUCAUUUUCAGCGAGACAGGCCAGAUUUACUUGAUAAAGUUACAAGAAAAUCAGGAGCCUUAAAAGAAAGAAACGGAUAUUUUUUUGAGAAUCAGUACAUUCAAGAAGAAUCUGAUGGUUCACCUGACAUCAAAGAAGAAUUUGAAGAUGAGAUGUACUUAGAAGAGGAACCAAGUAAUAAAGAAAAUGUAGAUUAUGACUCCAUUUUAAAUUCACUGCAACUUCCAGUUCUCUUUAUUGAAGACAAACCUCUCUUUCUGUCUGAAACAACCGAGUCAGCAGUUUCGGAGAAUGAUGUCGUUUUGGAACCGGUGAAAAAAAAGCGUGGAAGGAAACCUGGCAGUAAAACCACCAAGAAAACUAAAUGCGUGUUUAUACCAAAGUCCACUAAGUACUUCAUACCCACAUUUAAGCAUCCUGAAAUAUAUCCUAAUUUGAUUUAUUUUGAUGAUGAGGACGAUUCGAUAUUUUUACGCAACACCAGCCGCGAUGUCAUGCUAUCGAGUACAUUGCCAUUUCAAGAGUCGCCUGAAUUCUUGGAAUUGAAAGAAACUCAUCAGAAACUGUACCCGCCUAAAGUUAGAUUGCGGUACUCAUCCUUACCGGUGAGUAUUCCCUAUUCGGAUCCUACUUUCACUGAAAAUAGGAAAAAAUAUCACGAUUUUUGAUGUAGAUGUUUGCAAACACAUAUUUAAGCAACACUAGAAAAAUCUUUUUAAAAAAAAUGCUAG